AGCGCGUCACGUGAUGACUAGCCCCGCCUCUUCCUCUCGGUCCCAUAUUGAACUCGAGUUGGAAGAGGCGAGUCCGGUCUCAAAAUGGAGGUAAAACCGCCGCCCGGUCGCCCCCAGCCCGACUCCGGCCGUCGCCGCCGCCGCCGGGGGGAGGAGGGCCAUGAUCCAAAGGAACCAGAGCAGUUGAGAAAACUGUUUAUUGGUGGUUUGAGCUUUGAAACUACAGAUGAUAGUUUAAGAGAACAUUUUGAAAAAUGGGGUACACUUACAGAUUGUGUGGUGAUGAGAGACCCCCAAACAAAACGUUCCAGGGGUUUUGGUUUUGUGACUUACUCUUGUGUUGAAGAGGUGGAUGCAGCAAUGUGUGCCCGACCACACAAGGUUGAUGGGCGUGUAGUGGAACCAAAGAGAGCUGUUUCUAGAGAGGAUUCUGUAAAGCCUGGUGCCCAUCUAACAGUGAAGAAAAUUUUUGUUGGUGGUAUUAAAGAAGAUACAGAAGAGUAUAAUUUGAGAGACUACUUUGAAAAGUAUGGCAAGAUUGAAACCAUAGAAGUUAUGGAAGACAGGCAGAGUGGAAAAAAGAGAGGAUUUGCUUUUGUAACUUUUGAUGAUCAUGAUACAGUUGAUAAAAUUGUUGUUCAGAAAUACCACACUAUUAAUGGGCAUAAUUGUGAAGUGAAAAAGGCCCUUUCUAAACAAGAAAUGCAGUCUGCUGGAUCACAAAGAGGUCGUGGAGGUGGAUCUGGCAACUUCAUGGGUCGUGGAGGAAACUUUGGAGGUGGUGGUAACUUUGGCCGUGGUGGAAACUUUGGUGGAAGAGGAGGCUAUGGUGGUGGUGGUGGUGGCAGCAGAGGUAGUUACGGAGGAGGUGAUGGUGGAUAUAAUGGAUUUGGAGGUGAUGGUGGCAACUAUGGUGGUGGUCCUGGUUACAGUAGUAGAGGAGGCUAUGGUGGUGGACCAGGAUAUGGAAACCAAGGAGGUGGAUAUGGAGGUGGUGGUGGAGGAUACGAUGGUUACAAUGAAGGAGGAAAUUUUGGAGGUGGUAACUAUGGUGGUGGUGGGAACUAUAAUGAUUUUGGAAAUUAUAGUGGACAACAGCAAUCAAAUUAUGGACCCAUGAAGGGGGGCAGUUUUGGUGGAAGAAGCUCGGGCAGUCCCUAUGGUGGUGGUUAUGGCUCUGGUGGUGGAAGUGGUGGAUAUGGUAGCAGAAGGUUCUAAAAAAUUUUCAGAAGAAAAGGGCUACAGUUCUUAGCAGGAGAGAGAGCGAGGAUUUGUCAGGAAAGCUGCAGGUUACUUUGAGACAGUCGUCCCAAAUGCAUUAGAGGAACUGUAAAAAUCUGCCACAGAAGGAACGAUGAUCCAUAGUCAGAAAAGUUACUGCAGCUUAAACAGGAAACCCUUCUUGUUCAGGACUGUCAUAGCCACAGUUUGCAAAAAGUGCAGCUAUUGAUUAAUGCAAUGUAGUGUCAAUUAGAUGUACAUUCCUGAGGUCUUUUAUCUGUUGUAGCUUUGUCUUUUUCUUUUUCUUUUCAUUACAUCAGGUAUAUUGCCCUGUAAAUUGUGGUAGUGGUACCAGGAAUAAAAAAUUAAGGAAUUUUUAACUUUUCAAUAUUUGUGUAGUUCAGUUUUUCUACAUUUUAGUACAGAAACUUUAACAAAAUGCAGUUUUGAAGGUGUUUCCUUGUGAGUUAACAAGUAAAGAAGAUCAUUGUUAAUUACUAUUUUGUAUGAAUUUUGCUAAAGUUAACUGUAAAGAAACACCUGCUGACUUGCAGUUUAAGGGGAAUCUAUUCUCCGCAUUUCCAAACCAUGAAAUGAAUGGGCUCUGACAUGUGGAGAGAAUAGAUAAUUUGUAUGUUUGCAAUGUGUGUUUUAGAUAAAUAGAAUUGGGUAUUUAAAUUAGCAUACUUGUGAAUUUAAUAGCAUUAAGAUUUACCUUCAAAUGAAAAAAAUCUCAAAAUUCCUAUUUGGUUUUUGUGCAUUUUCUUUCAAAAUGUAAUUAUAUGAUUUUAGUGUGUUAGUUUUGCUAAGAGUCCUAGCCAUGUUUAGUACAUCUCCAUUCUACAUUUCACCUUGGUCACAUGUGAACUGCCAUAGUUUUAUUUGGAUGUAAAGAAUGUCUACUGCCCUUUGUUUAAAUUCUGGAAAGGGGCAGUGGAUGUUUUCCCUUUCACUUAAAAACCAUUCUUAAAAAUUUAAAAAUACAGGACCACUAAGCGUGCUGUGUCUGAGCAAAUUAGUGGCUACCAUUUUUUUUUUUCUUCCCGUUUUCAAAGCACAAGAGGCCCAUAAAUCUUCAGUUAUUUUCCUUGGUUUGAUAUAUAUAUUUUUUUGAUACAAGCUUUCAGAAGCAAGAGAAUAAAAAUCAUGCAUUGUUGAACCCUUAACUGGCUGGCAUGCUUUCCUGUUUGUACCCUCUCUAUUGGAUAAAACCAAGGACAGUCUAGAUAAAAUCCUAAAUGAUUUCACUGCAGUAGAAGUGUAGCACAGUUGCUUAGUACAAGCUUCUCACUUUCCCACAGAACUGAAUUCAAAGUUGAAUAGUCUGAGUUCUUGCUCACUUAAAAUCCAAAAGAACACACUGUUAAUCCAUGUGUAUGCUUGAACCUGAAUCGUGUUGGUAUGAGUUAACAGUUUGGUUUGGAAGACCUUGGUUGAGAAGAGUUUCAGAUAAGGUCAUAUAUAAACACCAAUGUCUACUGUUUUGCGCCAGCUAGUGCUUACAAUUUCAUUCGAGCCCUAAGUUAUGUGCUCUGCUGUUCUCUUUCUUUGGCAGUUGAACGUUGAAUUCAAGAUUAUUUUUGUUUUCAGAAGUACUAAGCAAAACAAGCAAUAAAAAGGGGAAUGGGGCGUGCUAGUGUUUGAAUAUGCUCUCUUGUUGCUCUAAUUCUGUGCCUCUGUGCAUUAUUAAUAUUUGGAUGCAUGCAAUGCCAGCAUGGAAAUCGGUCUUCACAGAUACUGCAGUUUUCCAGAAAACACUCACAAACCAAUAAAUGUAACAGACAACAUUCCAUUUGUUAAUGGACAUAUGUGAAUAAGCAGCGUAGAAAAUAGGCUAAUAUUAGAAAAUGGUUAAGUCUUUAACAACUUCAAAUGUGGUUAUAUAAAUGGACACUGUCAAUGUUCAUAACUUAAACCUGGGUACCUGGUCAAAGUACUGCUUGGGAAACAUUUUAUUAAAAUUGAGCUAAAUUGUC